CUAAAAUACCCUUUUAAUCAAAGCCUCCCAAAAGCAUAGAAAUUUCUACAGGUGUUUCUGUUUGACCCUUUUUGUUCAUUCAUAAUAAACUAUAGCUAUAUAUCAAAAAAUAUCAAUCAGUGACAUAAUAGAAUACCCUUUUAUUUUUAUCUCUUUUUUUUUUGGUUCAUUCAUUCAUGGAUCAGAUUCAACCAUCAUCAUCAUCUGCAAAACCAAAAGCUGCUGAAUUGGAUGUACCUCUUCAUACAAUUGGUUUUGAAUUUGAAGAUAUAUCAGCAAACAAAGUUUCUGGCAAUCUUCAUCUUACCCAAAAGUGUUGCCAGCCAUUUAAGGUACUUCAUGGAGGUGUAUCAGCAUUGAUAGCAGAAUCAUUAGCAAGUAUUGGAGCACAUAUUGCUUGUGGAUAUAAAAGAGUUGCUGGAAUUCAACUUACCAUUAAUCAUUUGAAAUCAGCUGUUAUUGGUGAUUUUAUUCAUGCUGAAGCCACCCCUUUAAUUGUUGGUAAAUCCAUUCAGGUGUGGGAUGUGAGAAUCUGGAAGAUUGAUCCUUCAAACUCACAAAACAGAACAUUGAUAGCAUCUUCUAGAGUGACUCUGAAAAGCAACAUGCCUGUUCCAGAUAAUGCAAAAGAAGCUGGUGACAUUCUAAAGAAGCAUGCAAAACUGUAAAUAUUGAUGUCAUCAGAUUUUAAGUUAAAUGUUAUUUCUAUAAAGAUAUAUGUACAUCAUGAUACACUUUGUACCUUUUUUGUACUAUGAUGGAGGCAAUAAGUUUUAGCUUAGAACCUCA